UCCACUGACCCUAGCAGCUAACCCUUUUCUCCUCUCUCCAUAUCUCGGUCCCCGGCGCCGUCGCCUUCGCCGUCCUAGGCGUUUCCGGCGACGGCUCCCUCUUUCCUUCCCUCUCCUCUUUUCUUCUCUUCUCCCUUUCUCGUGCCGCCAGAUUCCUCUCUUUCUUCUUCUCGGGGCGCAAGGUCUCCUUCACUCUUAAAACUGCAUAAAUACCUGGAAACCUAUCCUAUCCGUAUCACCCACCUCUCUCUCUCUUCUCUAAGAAUCCAUUAAUUCAAUUAAUUUAAUUCAAUAAUUGUCAUUUAAUUUUAGUUUCGUUUGUACUCUUUAUGCAUUCAUGCUCCUUUCUUCUGCAAUAAGUGCUCUGGAAAAUAAAUAAUCUGUGCUGAAUUGAAUCUGGAAUUGAUUUAUUUUGUAUUUAAUGAGUUGCUUUUAAUUCUUCCAAAACGUGUUAGAUUUAGUUUUAACAUCAUGGGUGAUUUUGAAGGGAUUGGAUAGAGUCUACCUUCACAUUAUUGGAUUUUGCGUUAUUGGGAAGUUAAAGGCUGGUUUUUUGGUAAUCCAGGACAGGUGUCAUUACCCUGUAGAGAGACAAUUUUAAUAUUUGUUAUAUAUUAUCCUAUUUUAUCUUAUUAAAAAAGUGGAAAGGGAAAUCUUAAAGGAAGAUCUGUGAAGACUCUGAAAAAACCACAGUAACUCGUUGAAGAUGUUGGUCUUAUCCUGCGCUACACCUGGUUAUACCAUGCACUCUCUCAAAUCUUCAAUGCCCAGGUCUACAGCAAUUCGUUCAAGCUUUAAUUGUGACCACCCUUUUGUCCCAGAGGUUGCAAAAGCUGUGGAUUCACUGUACUCAGAAUUCAGAGCUGUGGACAAUUUGGUAGCUUGCAAUUCCUCCCGUGUUCUCAAAGCUUUUCAAAAUGCUCGGGUUGGAUCUCAUCACUUUGCUGGGUGUACUGGCUAUGGUCAUGAUGAAGCUGGGGGACGAGAAGCACUUGACCAAGCAUUUGCAGAAAUUGUUGGGGCUGAGUCAGCAAUAGUGCGUUCUCAGUUCUUCUCAGGUACUCAUGCCAUCACUUGUGCACUGUUUGCUUUUCUAAGGCCAGGGGAUGAGCUUUUGGCAGUGGCUGGUGCUCCUUAUGACACCUUAGAGGAAGUUAUUGGAAAGAGGGAUUCUCAUGAACUGGGUUCCCUGAAAGAUUUUGGAGUGAUGUAUCGGGAACUUCCUCUUGCUGAAGAUGGUGGACUGGACUGGGAUACACUUGCAGGUGCUUUGAGACCUCACACGAAAUGUGCACUGAUACAAAGGUCAUGUGGUUAUUCAUGGCGUCGGAGUUUAAGUGUAAAUGAGAUAGGGAGGGCAAUAAAGAUAAUAAAGAUGCAGAACCCUGACUGCUUGGUCAUGGUGGAUAACUGCUAUGGUGAAUUUGUGGAAGGCAUUGAACCUCCAAUGGUGGGUGCAGAUUUGAUUGCAGGAAGUUUGAUAAAGAAUCCUGGUGGAACUAUUGCACCAUGUGGUGGAUAUGUUGCGGGGAGAAAACAGUGGGUUGAUGCUGCAGCAGCUCGUCUCUCAGCACCUGGUCUGGGGGUUGACUGUGGCUCAACCCCUGGUGACAUUAUGCGAGCCCUUUUCCAGGGUUUGUUCCUUGCACCACAAAUGGUUGGUGAGGCAAUUAAGGGAACCUUUCUGGUUUCUGAAGUUAUGGCUUCUGAAGGGUAUAAGGUGCAGCCACUUCCUCGUGUCCCUCGUCAUGAUACAGUACAGGUUUACUAUCUGUCUGUUCCUUGUUUGGCUAAUUAUUCGAAGAAAUGAGAUAGGAGAUGAUCUGUUAUAAAAGUAUCUCUCUUUUAGCAAACAGUAUUGGUUUUACAUUCUAUUCAGUUCAU